GAAAGCGCUGAGGACGAGAGAGGAUAUACUCAAACAUGCCAACGAUUUCCUCGAGCAGUACUACUCGUCGAUGCGCCGGGCAGACAGUCAGGAGUACAGGACUCGUUUGGAGAAAGUGCAGCACGAGGUGGCAGCUACAGGGACUUACCGGCUGACGAGUGAUGAGCUAGCAUACGGAGCCAAGCUCGCCUGGAGAAACUCAGUGCGCUGUAUUGGUCGCAUACAGUGGGCAAACUUACAGGUUUUCGACUGCCGACACGUGACGACAGCCAAGGGAAUGUUUGAAGCACUCUGCAAGCACAUAGAAUUUAGCACAAACAAUGGGAAUAUAAAGUCUGCGAUAACUGUAUUCCCCCAGCGCACAGACGGGAAGCAUGACUAUAGGGUCUGGAACAACCAGUUGAUCAAUUUUGCUGGAUACAAGAAUGAAGACGGGAGCGUCACAGGAGACCCCGUCAAUGUGGAGUUCACAGAGGUGUGCCUAAAGCUGGGAUGGAAGAGUCCACGCACGAACUUCGACGUUCUACCGCUGGUGCUGUCUGCAAAUGGAGAGGAUCCAGAGAUCUUUGACAUCCCGCCAGAGCUGGUCCUGCGGGUACCACUCUCACAUCCAACGUAUGACUGGUUCGAGGAGCUGGGUCUGCAGUGGUUCGCGCUCCCAGCAGUGUCGGGUAUGAUGUUUGACUGUGGAGGAAUCGAAUUCACCGCUGCUCCUUUCAACGGCUGGUACAUGAGCACGGAAAUUGGUUGUCGCAAUCUCUGUGACGCUCACAGAUACAAUAUGCUUGAGACGGUAGCCACACGAAUGGGUUUGGAUACGCGAACUGCAGUUACGUUAUGGAAGGAUAAGGCGCUAGUAGAAGUCAAUGUUGCCGUAUUGCACAGCUUUCAGUUGAAAUCUGUGACGAUUGUGGACCAUCAUACAGCUUCUGAGAGUUUCAUGAAGCACUACAAGAACGAAAUGCGGCUGCGCAAGGGAUGUCCAGCUGACUGGGUGUGGAUUGUGCCACCCAUCUCAGGGUCCGUGUGCCCCGUGUACCACCAGGAGAUGGCGAUGUACCUGCUUAAGCCCUCCUACGAUUACCAGGAACCUGCUUGGAAGUCACACGUGUGGAAGAGUUGUGCUUAUAACAGAAUAAUGAGCAAGCCAUCUCGAAGAUUUAAUUUCAAACAAAUUGCCAGGGUAGCUCUGUUCUCUUCGAAGCUGUUUGUACGCGUGCUGUCAGCGCGCAUCAAGGCCACAAUCCUGUACGCCACAGAGACUGGCAGGUCCGAGACGUUCGCCAAGAAACUUGGCGAGAUUUUUGGCCAUGUGUUCAACGUGCAGGUAUGCUGCAUGGAUGACUACGACAUGAACAAUAUUGAGCAAGAGACGUUAAUACUCAUUGUCACUUCAACAUUCGGCAAUGGCGAUCCACCAGAGAAUGGAAAGAGAUUCAUUCACGAUCUCUGUGCAAUGAAGAAAAUGGAAGACAUCUCAGAAAACUCAGCAAAUAAAGAAAUUUAUGAAUGCUCGGACACAUUGAGAAUGGCGAUCUCAAGGUCACUCAUUGGGGUGAAUGACUGCACUGACAUGGACAUGCUGGACGAGGGCAAGACAUCCACCACGGGCAUCGACUCCCCGAGAGGAUCCUCUGACGACAGUGGUGUCCUCUCGGAAAGCAGUGCUGCUGGACCUCUCAGCAGCGUGAGAUUUGCUGUCUUUGCUCUUGGUUCACGUGCCUAUCCCAAUUUCUGUGCAUUUGGAAAACAUGUAGACAACAUACUUGGAGAACUUGGAGGAGAGAGGAUAGCUGAUGUAUGUAAGGCAGAUGAACUGUGUGGUCAAGAGCAGACUUUCAGGAAAUGGGCAGCCAACAUUUUUACUCUUGCUUGUGAAGCAUUCUGUAUUGAUGCUGACGAAACACUCCUGAAGGUGACAAAAUCCUUAACAACUGCAACACUGUCAGCCACUACAGUAAGAUUUGUGCACACAAAAGAGGAUAACCUGUUAAAAGCUCUGUCAACAUUUCACAACAAGCAAGCAUCUGUUUGCAGGCUUAUAAAAAAGACUAACCUUCAUCAUGAGGAUGUAAGUCAUACUACAAUUCUACUUCAGCUGAAGACUGAUCUCACAUACUUACCUGGGGAUCAUGUUGCUGUUUUCCCAUGCAACAGGCCUGCACUUGUCAAUGGGAUUCUGGAACGUAUACAUUUUCAGCAUGACCCUGAUCAACCUGUUGAGCUUCAAAUGCUGAAUGAAGCAUAUACAUCCAAUGGUGCUCUUGAGAUGUGGAAACCAGCAAGACAUCUCCCACACUGUUCCCUGAGAACUCUUCUCACACGCUUCUUGGAUAUCACCACACCCCCCACACCAGAGCUGCUGCAGCAUUUUGCCAGUAUUGCGACUAAUGCAGAGGAUCAGCAGAACUUGAUUCUUCUAGCUAAGGAACCUGCAGCAUAUGAAAAAUGGAGACAAUGGCGAUUUCCACAUUUACUGGAAGUCCUGGAACAAUUCCCAUCUGUUCACCCAUCUGCUGCUGUCUUAGCAGCUCAUCUGGAUCCACUCCAACCGAGAUUCUAUAGCAUAUCAUCUUCUCCAGAUGUGUACCAAAAAGAAAUGCACAUAACAGCAGCUGUUGUUGUUUACCGAACACAAGGUGGUGGAGGGCCAUUACAUUUUGGUGUAUGUUCAAACUAUCUGCAUGACAUCGGCAAAGAUGAUGAAAUAUAUGCAUACGUAAGGAGCGCACCAAAUUUUCAUAUGCCAAAAGAAAACACCAAGCCUGUUAUCAUGGUUGGACCAGGCACAGGAAUUGCUCCUUUUAGAGGAUUUUGGCAGCAUUCAUUUAUAAUUCAAAACUGAAAUGUCCAAACUGUUACAGGUCCAAAAAAUUUUGGGAAAAUGUGGCUCUUUUUCGGCUGUCGCCAUCGAUCACUAGAUCUUUACAGAGAAGAAAAGACAUGUUUGGUGGAAGAUGGUGUGCUGGACAAAGUAUAUCUUGCCCUCUCACGUGAGGCUAAUGUGCCAAAGACCUAUGUCCAAGACCUGCUUCAGAAAGAGGCUUUUGAGAUUUACAAGAAAGUUAUGGAUGAGGAUUGUCAUUUCUAUGUCUGUGGUGAUUGCACAAUGGCUGAAGAUGUUUAUCAGACAAUGAAGAAAAUUAUUCAGCAACACAGCACAAUGACAGAUGGAGAGAUAGAGAACUACAUGGUGAAAAUGAGGGAUGAGAAUCGAUAUCAUGAGGACAUCUUUGGAAUAACAGUAUCAACAGCAGAAGUGAGAAAUAGAUCAAGGGUGACAUCUAGGGUUCACAUAGGUGCGCAGCCAUAAUCUUCUCCUGAAAUGUAUUUCCAAGUGGAAGAAUGAAUUAUCAAUUAAAGAUCGCCCAGUCCUUUAUGCAUAAGGGGGCAUUACUUCCUGCAUAGAGGUGUCAUUUACACUGUCUGUACCUAGGCACAUGACAUGUCAAGAGGAAGACGAGAAACAAACUGGAAGUGUAUACACAGAUUCUGUUGUAUGUAACACAUUAUACUGAUUACAGUUAAACUUCAGUCACAAUUCAUGCCCAACUUAAAAGUUUGUAUAUGCUAGUUUGUCAGAUUCCUAAUUGUACAUUGC